GCAGCGGGUGGCAGCCGGCUGGGCCUUGGCGCCGGCCCCGGGAGGAGGCGCUGCCGCUGGCUCGGCCCCGCGGAGCCGAGACGAUGGCGGCCGGGCGGGAUCGGGCCGCCCGCCUCCUGCGGCAGCUGCAGCGGGCAGCAUGUCGGUGCCCGAGCCAUUCCCACACUUAUUCCCAAGUCACUGAACGGCCUACACUGGGAAAUAAGGACUAUGCAUUUGAGAUGGCCAUUUCAAACAUCCGAUAUGGAGAAGGAGUUACUAAAGAGAUUGGUAUGGACCUGCAGAAUCUUGGUGCCAGAAAAGUUUGUUUGAUGACAGAUAAAAACCUCUCCCAGCUCCCUCCUGUAAAUGCGGUACUGAAUUCCUUGGCAAAACAUGGUAUAAACUUCCAGAUGUAUGAUAACGUCCGGGUGGAGCCAACAGACCAAAGUUUCCUAGAUGCCAUUGCCUUUGCUAAAAAGGGGGAGUUUGAUGCCUACGUUGCUGUUGGAGGGGGGUCUGUGAUAGACACCUGUAAAGCUGCCAACCUGUACGCGUCCAGCCCUGCGUCAGACUUCUUGGAUUUCGUCAACGCUCCCAUUGGGAAGGGGCAGCCUGUCAGUGUGUCCCUCAAACCACUUAUUGCAGUUCCUACAACAGCUGGAACUGGAAGUGAAACCACUGGUGUUGCCAUUUUUGACUUCCAAGAACUAAAAGUAAAAACUGGUAUUGCUUCAAGAGCCAUUAAGCCAACAUUAGGCAUCAUUGAUCCUUUACACACACUGUCGAUGCCUGAGCGAAUAGUGGCCAACAGUGGCUUCGAUGUGCUUUGCCAUGCUCUAGAAUCCUACACUGCCCUUCCUUACAACAUGCGCAGUCCCUGCCCUUCCAAUCCAAUCAACCGACCAGCUUACCAAGGCAGCAACCCCAUCAGUGACGUCUGGGCUCUUCAUGCUCUGCGCAUUGUGGCUAAGUAUUUGAAAAGAGCCAUCAGAAACCCUGAAGACCGUGAAGCAAGAGCCAACAUGCAUCUGGCAAGUGCGUUUGCUGGUAUUGGCUUUGGCAAUGCUGGUGUCCAUCUCUGCCAUGGAAUGUCUUACCCUAUUUCUGGUUUGGUGAAAACUUAUAAACCAAAGGAUUAUAAUGUGGAUCACUCUCUAGUGCCACAUGGCCUUUCUGUGGUGCUGACAUCCCCAGCAGUGUUCAAUUUCACGGCACAGAUAUAUCCUGAACGACACCUGGAAGCUGCAGAGAUACUAGGAGCUGACAUCCGCACUGCCAGAAUCAAAGAUGCGGGGUUUAUUUUGGCAGACACGCUCCGGAAAUUCCUAUUUGAUCUGAAUGUUGAUGAUGGCUUAGCUGCAAUUGGUUAUUCCAAAGCAGACAUCCCUGCGUUAGUCAAAGGCACUCUGCCGCAGGAGAGAGUGACUAAACUAUCACCACGUCCCCAAACAGAAGAAGACUUAUCUUCCCUCUUUGAGGCUUCCAUGAAACUUUAUUAGCUUAAGCAUUUUGUUCUGAAAAGCAUGCUCUGUUCUAACACAAAGGUAAUUUCUUAUAGGUAUGGGGGCUGAAUUUGUUUAGAGAAUGGAAGAACUUGUGUGUCUUUGACUUCUGUUCCAUUGUACCCUGGCAAAAGGUCAAGUAAUUCAUCUUUAAUUAAAUAACGCUCUGAAAUGAA